GACCAAACAAGGAGAGAGAGAGAGAGACGUACUCUCUUUUCAUCUCCCCUUGUUCAAUACGACUCAAAUAUUAGAUGGUAAUAUUGAUUCUCUUGAGUCCUUUCCAAAUUUGGGUUUAAAUCUUCUUCAUUUUAUUUGUUUGAAUUAUACUAAAAAAAAUAUCAUCAUUAAGCAAAUUAAAUUGCUUAAACCCAUUAACAUAAAUACAUAAUAACCUAACCCUUGGAAUUUUAGCAAGUUUGGAGAAGUGGGUAUUUGCAGUUAUCAAAAUGGGUACAUCCCAAAUUGAAGAAAAAAUUGAGGGUUGGUUGUAUGUAAUAAGUUCUAAUCGUUUUGGGUUACAAAGCUCGUCUAAACGCUACUUUAUUCUUGAAGAUCAUCAUUUUAAGUGCUACAAAUCAAUCCCAAAUUCCCAAAAUGAGCCUCCUGUCAAGAGCACUACUGUAGACUCCUGCAUUCGCGUUGCAGAUGAUGGCCGAGAGAGUAUUCACAGAAAAGUAUUCUUUACGUUCACAUUGUAUAACAGUUCUAAUCAUAGUGAUCAGAUUAAGUUGGGUGCAAGCAGUCCUGAAGUAGCAGCCAGAUGGAUCCAUUUCUUUCAGGAAGCAGUUACUAAGGUGUGUCCCAUUGGGGGUUCCAGUGGUUUGGGCUGUCCCCACAACGCAUGGCAGUGUUUUAGAUUGAGCAGUUCUAAGAGGAUACAUCAUUCCAGUUCAACAAGUUGGGUUACUGCUUCAUCCUCUCAAAUGGAUUUUAUAACAACUGAUGUUGUUGCACCUUCAUCAUGGAGAAUAUUUGGAUGUCAGAAUGGAUUACGAGUAUUCAAAGAAGCCAAAGAUGGAGAUUUUCAUGGAAAGCAAUGGGAUGAUCAUCCUGCAAUUAUGGCUGUUGGUGUUGUUGAUGGAACAUCAGAAAACAUUUUCCGGGCAGUCAUGUCUCUUGGUCCUUCAAGAUCUCAAUGGGACUACUCUUUUUAUAGAGGGAGUGUUGUUGAGAAUCUUGAUGGCCACACUGAUAUCAUUCACAAGCAGCUAUGUGCUUAUUGGCUACCUUGGGGAGUGCAACAAAGAGACCUCUUGUUGAGGCGGUAUUGGAGAAGGGACGAUGAUGGAACAUAUGUGAUCCUUUAUCAUUCAGUAUAUCACAAGAAAUGCCUCCCACAGAAAGGCUAUAUUCGUGCAUGCCUUAAAAGUGGAGGAUAUGUAAUAACUCCUCUCAACCACGGGAAGCAGUCUGUUGUGAAGCAUAUGCUUGCCAUUGACUGGAAACUAUGGGCAGCUUAUAUGCUGCCCUCUUUGGCUCGAUCUACAACUAUCCGUAUGCUUGGAAAAAUUGCUGCAUUAAGGGAACUUUUCAAAGCAAAGGCAGGAGAUUGCUUCUCUAGUAACUCGUUUGGAGAUCAGCCUUUUGGCCAUGCCUCACAGAACGAGAAUAAGCCUGAAAUCUACCCACAUGCUGUGGACGGAAAAGAAAAUCUGGAAGAGAAAGAGUUGGAAAAAUUAUCUGAGCAUGGUAGCCUUGCUGAACUCAAUGAUGUCAGUGAUGAAUUUUUUGAUGCUCCAGAAGGAUCAGAUUUUGAUCCACCAGAUUAUGGUUGGCCUUCUGAUUGUGGUCCAGAGACAAAUUUGCAGGAUGCACGAUCAAAGCGAUCAACUGCUGCUGUGUUUGUGAAAAAGUUGCACGGGUUAGCUGUGCAUAAGAAGGGCUAUGUAGAUUUGGUAGAGAUUGCCGCAAAAGAAGGCAUUUCUUGUUGCUAUGGUACUACACUUGCAAAAGAUCCAACUUGUACCGUUGCUUCCAGUUGGACAACGACAGAUCCAUCAACGUUUCUGAUUCGUGGAAAGACUUACUUAAUGGACAGUCAAAAAAUAAAGGCAAAUCAUACUCUGAUGAAAAUGGUUGCAGCUGACUGGAUAACAUCUGACAGAAGAGAAGAUGAUCUCGGGGGUCGUCCUGGGAGCAUUGUGCAGAAUUAUGCAGCAAAGGGUGGUUCCGAAUUUUUUUUCAUAGUGAAUAUACAGGUCCCUGGAUCAAAAACGUAUAAUUUAGCACUGUACUAUAUGACGAGUAAUCUGGAAGAUGCACCUCUACUGCAGAAUUUCGUUGACAGAGACGAUGCUUACAGAAAUUCAAGGUUCAAACUUAUUCCAUACAUAUCUAAGGGACCUUGGAUAGUCAAACAAAGUGUUGGGAAGAAAGCAUGCCUAGCAGGACAAGCACUGGAAAUUAAUUAUUUUUGUGGGGAGAAUUAUAUAGAGCUCGGGAUCGAUAUUGGCUCAUCAACAGUGGCAAGAGGAGUAGUUAGUCUUGUUCUCGGUUACCUUAAUAACUUGGUUAUUGAAAUGGCAUUCUUGAUUCAGGCAAAUACUGAAGAAGAACUUCCUGAACAGCUUCUUGGGACUUGUCGUCUCAACCAUCUAGAUGCUUCCAAAGCAGUUCCAAUGACAUUGUAGUAUACUAGUAUCAGUGUAAUUAUUCAUAUUCUUUCCUGAGGUGCCAAACUGUCUUGGGGUUGAAGCAUUUGGUGUUCUUCAUUGUCUACACUCUACAGUGUGGCUACAAAAUAGAAGUGCUUUGUAUUGGAAACCUUCAGUGAAAACUUUAUCUUAAUCCAUUAUUGUUGAA